UAAUCUAAUCUUCAUGCUUCCAUCAGUAGAGCCGAUGACGACUUUUGACCGAUUCAAGUGAUAUUAGACCUCACUGAUGGCAUUUCUCGCGACCCAUCUCGGCCUCCGUGCCGUGCCUAUAGAUGGCCUGACGCCCAAUUACGCACCAGCAUACCUUGGCUUCCACUUUGUCUACGCAUACUGUAUCCUGGCAUCCCGCAAUCUCAAGCAGAUCUACGGCAUCGAUCAUCAGGCAUCACCACGUGAGGACCUGGUCAAAUACGGCGAUGCGGCCGUCAAGUCGGGGAAGAUCACUCAGAGGCAGCUCAACAUGCUGAAGCGCAAUGAGGGAGCGCACGCCAACUCGGUCGAGAACUACACUCUGUUCGUUGGCGCUAUGGGCUUCGCGACCUUUGCUGGCGUUAAAGCCGAAUAUGUGAACCGCGCGGGUCUCAUCUACACGGCUGCACGGGUUGCCUACGCUGUCUCCUACAUAUUGAUUGAAAAAAACCUGUGGGCUGUCAGCCGGGGCGUAUUCUGGUGGAUUGGCAACGGAAGCUGCCUAUGGCUGCUGUGGGAGGCUGGGAAGAUAUUGACAAAGGGAGAUCUGAAUCAACUCUCGUAGGUUGUGCUUUUUCAGACUGGGUAUACUUUUGUAGUCUCUCGUCUCUGAAGUAUUGGAAUGAAAGCUGUUUGGAUGGACAUGUGAAUGACACUCCAUUAGAUGCUCCUUGGUCGAGAAUCCGCCAAGGCUUGGCAAACAAAUGUAAACCAGUCUCGUGAACAAGAUCAAGCAGUCCCUAGAAAGGGACAUGGCUUAACAUUGACGACAAACAUACUUAAGCCCCUUUAGUUUGUGGUGUAUCCAGAAAUUGUGAAAUGGCUUUCUUUCUGUCUCUGUCUC